CGAGCCGGGGGCGGCCAGAAGCCGAUCCGAGAGCCGGUGAGCGAAUCCGUUCAGCCAGCCAUCAGCCCGGCCAUGCCGCUGCUCCGUGUUUCCCCGGUGCUCCGCGCCGCCCUCUUGCUCGGCCUCCUCCUUCUCCAAGUCAUCGCCGCCGAAUCGGUGAGAGAAACUGAGACCAUGGAUGCUGGAUGGCUUGACUACCUUGCCUCUGGAGACUUGCCAGAUGAUGAAGACAUUGGCGAAUUCAGACCUCACUUAACAUCUGAUGAUUUGGAUCUAGAUGAGGUUUCUGGGUCUGGAGACUACCCAGACUCUGAAGAUGCCAUGUAUCUGACCACCAUAGAUACUCCUGUGAUAUCUGACAACUAUAUCCCUGGAGAUACCGAGACAAAGAUAGAAGGUGAGGAGAAAAACACAAUGGUGGACAACGAAAUCAUUCCAGACAAAGCUGUACCUGUCGAAGAGAACCUGUCCAACAAGAUCUCCAUGGCAAGCACAGCCAACAGCAGCAUCUUUGAAAGAACGGAAGUCCUUACAGCUCUCAUUGCAGGAGGGGCAGUGGGCCUCCUCUUUGCCAUCUUCCUCAUCCUCCUCUUAGUCUAUCGCAUGAAGAAAAAGGAUGAAGGCAGUUACGACCUGGGGAAGAAACCCAUCUACAAGAAAGCCCCUACAAAUGAGUUCUAUGCUUAAAGCUCAGCAGCACCUUGUGCCCAUCAAGGGACAAACAGACUGGAUGGAAACACUGUGCCCUCAGAUGAGAUGUGCUGAACAAAUGCUCUUUCUGGAUUGAAUUUCAAAGUGACUUUGAGAAAAAAACAAACUUCCUACGUGACCCUUCCCAUCCUGCUCAGCUAACAAGGGCCCAAUGAAAUACAAAGAGUCUGAAAAAAAAACAAAAACCAAAACACCUCAGUGUAUUUUUGUCUAAAGCUAGUGUAAAAAGAAUAAAGAUGCCAAAUUUUCUGCUUGGUUUUAUAGAGGGUGUGUAAACACAAAACAGACUGUAUGGAAGCAGACACCGUGUGUUUGCAUCCAGUGUGCUGUGCUCAGAUUGGCUGCUUCUAUAGAAGGUGGCUUUUUAAAAAAAAAAAACAAACAAAACAAACCAACCUUGCUCAUAGAUGUCUUCCAGCAGGCUCUUGAGGUGAAGCGUUUUUUGUGGAGAGCUAUUUAUGAAUCUCUUACACUACAGAUAACGUUGCCUUACCAGGGAGCAGAAGGCCCAGAGGGGCUCAGAAUCCCUGGAUGCCAUAAAGGGCCUAUGGGAAUGUCUUCCCCAGGAGACUCCUGUCUCUUCCUGUCGGCCCCAGGCAAGGGUCAUUAAUCCAUGAAAUCAGGACAGCCAGUUCCCUCUGGCUAUGACAACACCCUUUCCUUGCCUUCAGUCUCUUACCUUUUUUAAAGGAUUGCUUGUAGGAUAUUUUUUUUAUAACAAAAUUUUAAAGAAAAUAGCCUAAUGUUUAUAUAAAGUUUGUAGAAAUUGUUUUGAAAUAAUAAAAAAAAUAAUCUACUUUUUUAAUUUCCUCAGAUUUAUUUUUUCAAUCCCUUUGUGUUUCCUUUGGCCGGGCAUUUCUCUAGAGAAAGUUGUUUUAUAUGAUUCACAUUCUGAACUGAAGCAGAGUUAGCUACAGUUUGUUACAGGUUUCUUUUAGUUCCAUAGCAGCUACUGUAGAGGGUAAAGAUAUUUAUGGUUUCCCUGUAACUUUUUUUAGGAUUUGAUUUUUAUUUUUUUUUAAAUAGAAUUAUUUAUAGUGUCUGAAACGGCUGCUCUUCUCAUUUGGUAACUUUUAUCCUUUUUAUGUAAAACACUAAUAUAAUGAGUCUUUGUGAAAACUAUUUAAGCUUUAUUCUGUGAAUUUUAAUUAUAAAUUCAAGGCAAUAACUUCUAGGAUUAAUCUGUAUGCAAAAUUGGACUCAUAAUAUGAUUGAAGUAGGGGAAAGACGAGAGUAUUUCUAGCCUGUAAUAUAUUAUAAUCAGUCUUAUAGAGCUAUAUAUUAUAUAUUUUACUGAGAAAUAUAAAGGUAAGAGUGAAAAGGCUGGAGUUAAUUCUUCAGCAGCCUUACUGUGUGUGAGAGGCUCGAUCUGUUUGUCCUGCUGUUUGUCCAGUGUCUCUCCUGGAGCAUGGGUGGCUUUUUUGGGGGAGGCAGCCGGGAGCUGCCACAGCCCUGGGGCUCGGUGGCGUGUCCUGGGAGGGGACACGGAGCAGGCUGUGGCCGGUGAUGUGCCGGUUGGAGCAGAGUUCCCCAAAUCCCUUCUCUUUUUGAGGCAAGUGUUGGAAGGGCACAGUGUGGAGAAAAUAUCUCUCUGUUUUGGGGUUGGCUGGGCUGCAGUCCCCUGCGGUACCCAGCUGGGUGCCUCCUCCUGCAGAAGGGUGGUGUUGGUGGCUACAAGCCUGCCUUGGUGGCAACUCCUCUGAACCUUUCUGUGGUGGGUUUUCCUUAGGGAAUCCUGUUCGUAGCUCCUACCUCUGCUGAGAGUUAGCUGUGUUCCCCCAGAGCAAAGGGUAAGGUGUGUGUCUGACCCCUCCGUUUCAGGAAGGUGUUACAGAAGGACUUGGUGUGAGCCGUGUCCUGCUGCAGCUCCCUGGGGCUGCUGAGGUUUAGGGCAAAACCUGAGCGUGGGUCCCCAGACUGUGUCACUGGGCAGGCAGGGCAAAAGAAACCCAAACCAACAAGAGGGUUGAGAAAUCUCAUCGACUCCUGAAGCUUCCUUCCUGGGGCUUUGGUGUAGGCUGGAGGCCAAAUUCGUUGAGGCCAUAGAACAAAGAAAUUCAGCUUCAGGCGGUGGCGGCUGCCUCUUGGGACCAGGCAGGGGAGGUGGGACCGACCAGGGAGCCUUGUAUUGAGAAAUUGGUGUGAUAGGACUUCUCCCAGGGCUCCUCCACCGCCUUGGCUCACUCGCCUGGUCCCAGUACCAGUGAGUUCGGGGAAGUUGAGGGCUCUGGGAGGCUCUAAAAACUGCACAGGGUUCACUGUGGACUGGGAGGGCGAGGGAGGACCUCACUGCCCGUGGACAGCCCUUGCCAGGAAGGCCGGCGCGGGGUCUGCUGCUCGGGAUGUUCACAUUCUCUUGUGUAAUUGCUCUUGGGGAUUUUCCACUGUUACUGAUUCAUUAUUUCAAUUUUUUUUUCCCCUCAAAUAAACUGGUACUUUCUAAAA